AUGCAACUCAAAUUCGAGAUUUUGUUCUUCGUGACAUUAUGGCCGGCACACUGCUUUGCCAAUGGACUGGAAUCACGAGCUAGUCUAGAAUCGCCAGCAAGUGUUGCAGCAAAGCUCCCUCCUUGCGCUCUGCCAUGUUUCGCAUCGGCCAUCGCCAACUCGACCUGUUCGCCAACAGACGCGCAGUGUAUAUGCAGCAAUGAAAUAAUAGCAGCAGACGCUGGCCAGUGUGUUCUAGCGUCAUGCUCUCUUCCUGAAGCACUUUCAACCAAAAACAUUACACUGACGGCAUGCGACGCUCCGGUGAGAGACGUGUCUUCGCCAUACCGCGUAAUGGCUAUCACGCUUGGCAUCAUCACGACCAUUAUUACACUUGCGCGCCUCAUCUUCAAACGCUUCUUCAGUGCCUCCGAAACACUCACAUUAGACGAUAUACUUAUCAUCGGCGCCUUGUUGAUGCAUAUAUCCUGCACGACGAUCAAUGUGGAAGGAUUGGCUGCUCAUGGCCUAGGUAAAGAUAUCUGGACUUUAUCGCCAAAUGAGCUCAAGACGUUUGUGUUUUUCUUCUACAUUAUAGAAAAUCACUUCUUUCUUGAGAUAACGCUAGCAAAGCUGAGUCUACUGCUGUUCUACCUCAACAUCUUCCCCGACAAGUUCAUCCGACGCCUGAUCUGGGGUACUGCUCUCGUUAUCCUCCUUCUUGGUAUAGCAUCGACCUUUGUUAUUAUAUUCCAGUGUGCACCUGUUCAAUACUUCUGGACGCAAUACGACGGGCACUCCACGGGACACUGCCUAGAUAUCAACGCUUUUGCAUGGUGUAAUGCCGCCCUCAAUAUUGCCACUGAUAUCUGGAUGCUCGGAAUCCCUCUCAGCCAAAUUCGAAAGCUUAAGCUUCACUGGAAGAAGAAACUUGGGGCUGCUUUUAUGUUUUUGACCGGACUUUUUGUGACAGUCGCCGCUAUCCUACGCAUGCAGUCACUGGUCCACUUUGCUGACUCGAGCAAUCCAACUUGGGACCAAUUAAUCGUCGCGUUUUGGUGUACAAUCGAAGUCAACGUCGGUAUAAUUUGCACGUGCCUACCUACCUUCCGUCUGAUCUUGCUGCGCUUAUUCCCGCAUGUCUUCAGCACUGGAACGAAGCACAGCAACUCCUACGUACGGUCUUCGGAUCGACGAAGCGGGCCAUCGUCUAUCACAGGCAAGAAGGGCUAUCAACUCUCCGAACUCGAGUCCACGACAGAACUCAAUUCUUCCCGUACAGACUCUGCAUCAGUAUGA